AUGGAGCUAAUGCAGCUGAAGCAAGGUUCCAUGUCUGUGGCUGAGUAUACCAACAAGUUUGAAGAGCUUUGUAGGUUUUCUCAGGUGUGUCAGGGUUACCCAGAGACUUUCGAGAGCUGGAGGUGCAUUAAGUACCAAAGGAGUUUGAAGGACAACAUUAUGACUACUGUGGCUCCUAUGAAGAUCCGUGUUUUCUCUGACUUAGUGAACAAGGCUAGAGUAGUGGAAGAAUAUGCCAAGACCGUGGCGGCAUCCAAGGACACUCGUGGAGGGAGCUCUGGUCGGGGGCGUGGCAAGUAUUUUCAUCCAAGAGGACAAAGCUUCAAAAGAGGAGGAUAUGCACCUCAAGGCCAAGGGGGCUUCAGAAAGACUAAUCAGAAUCAGUUCCAGUACACUAAAGGAAGAGGAAAUCAGAGUGGUUGCUUCCAUUGUGGGUUACCUGGCCAUAUUACGAAGUAUUGCACUCGUGGGAGGAAUCAGAAUGCGGGCCAGAGUCAGCAUCAAGGUCGAGUCUUUACUGUGAAUGCCAAGGAUGCUUCCAAGGCAGAUCUGUUGAUGAGAGUUAUAUGUCUAAUUGGUGAUAAAUCUUUAGUUGCAUUAUAUGAUACUGGAGCUUCACAUUCGUUUAUUUCGUUUGCUAAGGUUAAGGAAUUAAGCUUGAAAAUGUCAGAGUUACCUUUUGAUCUGCAUGUACAUACUCCGCAUCAAACAGUUAUGACUAGGUCAGGUUGUAGACAAGUAGGUUUCAAGCUUGAGGGUAGAGACUUUGUGCACGAUUUGAUCAGUUUACCAAUGGUGGGGCUAGAAAUGAUUUUGGGGUUUGAUUGGUUGUCAAAGAAUCGGGUUUUGUUGGAUUGCUUUAAAUGGACUAUUCGGUUUAUGCCGGAAGGAGAGAAUGGAGCAGUGGUAGCUACGAGGUAUUACUUGAACUCUGUAAUGGUGCAUUGUAAUGGGGAGGAGUGUCAAGGUUAUAUUCUCUUGGCUGCUAAUGCGUUGGGCGAUGCCCAGAACUUAGAUCAAAUUCCAGUGGUUAGAGAUUUUCCAGAAGUGUUCCCGGAAGAUAUCCCUGAGUUCCCACUGCAAAGGGAAAUUGAGUUUCCGAUUGAAUUAGUGUCAGGAGCCAGAUCAGUAUCGAUUGCGCCGUAUAGAAUGGCUUCGAUAGAGCUGACAGAGCUAAAGACUCACUUGGAAGAGCUUCUGAAUAACAGGUUCAUUCGAUCGAGUGUAUCACCGUGGGGAGCGCCAGUUUUUUUGGUGAAGAAGAAAGAUGGAGGAAUGUGUUUGUGCGUGGAUUACCGAUAG